AGACGACGACAAGAGAGACGAAGAAGAAGGAGGAGGCGAUGAGCCGUUAUUGAGCUUCUCACAGCUGCACCUACCCUGUUCAUAUAUACUAUAACGGUAGCAUUGCUUUAGUAGUUUUACUAGCUGGCGGGCAGCUGUAAAGCCUAAGUCUGCCUUGAGCCGACGGAAUAACAGCCAGCUAGUCUAGUAACUAGCUUUUACCACCGCUGGCACGUUUAUCGCCAUUUUGCGCGUUGAACGGUCCAAGACUUUCACCAACAGCAGGUGGGGGAUUUGUGCAGCAUGGCAGAGGCAGACCGACCAGGGAAGCUCUUCAUCGGCGGACUGAACACCGAGACCACCGAGAAGGCCCUGGAGCAGUACUUCAGCAAAUAUGGCAGGAUUGUGGAAGUUCUUUUGAUGAAAGACCGUGAAACAAACAAAUCAAGAGGCUUCGCUUUUGUGACUUUUGAAAGUCCAGCUGAUGCCAAGGAUGCAGCGCGCGAGAUGAAUGGAAAGUCCCUGGAUGGCAAGCCUAUCAAAGUGGAGCAAGCUACCAAACCUCAGUUUGAGAGUGCUGGCAGGCGAGGACCACCACCCGUACACUCUCGCAGUCGUGGUCCACCCAGAGGCCCCCGCGGGUCCAGGGGAGGUCCUGGUGGUAUAAGAGGCCCACCAUCCAGAGACUACUAUGAUAAUUCAGGGAAUGUAGAACCCUUCUUUAAAGGGAUGUCAUCCAGAGGUCCCCCUCCAAUGAAGAGAGGACCCCCAGUUCGUAACGGAGGUCCCCCACCCAAGAGGUCAGCCCCAUCUGGUCCCAUGAGCAGACGUAAGUCCCCAAUGUCAAGGGACAGGGAUCCCUAUGGUCCACCCCCUCCUCGCAGAGACUCCAUGAUGUCCAGAAGGGAUGAUUAUCCAUCACCAAGAGAUGACCAUUAUUCCUCAAAAGAUAGCUACUCCAGUCGGGAUUAUAACUCCAGAGAUUCGCGGGACUAUGGACCUCCUCCCAGAGAUUAUUCAUACAGAGAAUACUCAAAUUCCAGUUCCCGAGAUGACUAUGGAUCAAUGUCAAGGGGAUACAGUGAGCGUGAUGGGUACAGCGGAGGCCGGGAACCACGAAGCUACGUAGACCGUCCAAGUGGUGGCUCCUACAGAGAUUCAUAUGAUGGUUACGGUAACUCUCGCAGCGCCCCACCAUCAAGGGGUCCCCCACCAUCCUAUGGUGGGAGCAGUGGAAGCAGUCGUUACGAUGACUAUGGCAGCAGUUCCCGGGAUGGCUAUGGCAGUCGUGACAGUUACCCCAGCAGUCGGAGUGACCCAUAUCCACCUAGCCGUGGUGAGCGAAUGGGCAGGCAGGAUAGGGGCCCAGCUCCCCCUGUCGAGAGAGGCUACCCUCCUCGUGAUUCAUACAGCAGCUCAAGUCGUGGUGGGCCACGUGGUGGCCGUGGCAGCAAUCGGGCCGAUAGAGGAAUGGCUCGCAGCAGAUACUAAAAUGGACAUGGAAAUCACGUCAAAGCAAACGUUAGUGUUCGUGCACAGUUAACACGUGUUUUGGAAGAAAUCUGACAAGAAAAACUAUCCAUGUCUGAAUCUGUGGAAUAUGGAGCAUAGCUUUGAAAUGUAUCUUGAGUUUCCCAUUUUUUUAUGUGUAAACUUUUUUUUUUUUUUAAUUAGUAUUUCUCUUGCUCAUGUAACAGUACAGUUACCAAGUGAGUGUUCGUUUUUGUACAUUCAGUGCUGUUGGAAUCUGCAAUGCCCUAUAAGCCUGGCUUUCCUACUCUAAUAAAGAUUUUAGUCGUUCUUUGACCACUUCUCAUCGAUAUUAAAAACAAGACCAGAAACAGUGACAUGAAUGUUAAUUAACAACAUGAUCUCCUUUUUACAAAGUUCUCUGUAAAGCUUAGGUGAGUCUCUGCUCGUGCUUUUAUAGUCGAGUGACUUGAGUUCAUUCUUAACACAAAUGUGCUUCCAACUGGUCACUACUGUCUCUAAGGGUUAGGCAAAUGUUACUGUCAAAAUGUUCCAAUGUAGUUUCCUUGGAAAUGGAUCCGUCACCCUAGAGCCAUUUGAUGGCAUGCAACGACAAAACCAAAGGCAACAACAACCAAAUGCAAGAGUCUUUUCAACUCGACCGAUAGUCAACGGCUGGUAAGCAAAGCAAACCUCUUUGUUUCUCAUCUGUAAAUGAGUUUCUCAUUGUCCUGUAUUGCAAUCUUCACUCAAAGCGUGAUAUUCAAGACAACUUUUGCCUCAGAGGACAAAAGGAAAAAAUGGAGGUCAACUGAAUGUGCCUUUUUAUUGUAGUCCGUUUUUAUCAGCUAAAAUUGUCAAAGUGCAGCACCAUCCUAAGAAGUUUCAUCCCUUGUCGGCAAUGAAAGUUUGCCAUUUUCCCAGCUGAGCCCUCAAAACCAUGGAGAUCCUUUUUUCCCUAACCAAUCGUCCAACCUGAGUGAGAAUGAUUGGCAACAGUGGUUUGUAAAAUCAAAGGUAAAGCUCUCAUAGCUAUAUGUAAGAAUUUUUUUUUGUCUCAGUAAAAUUUAAAAGCCAUUUUAAAAUUGAUAGCCAUUUUUUCUCAGUAUCAAAACCUUUUCCACAAGCAUGCCAAUUCAAACAAUGGAGACCUCUGGAAGAAACCUACCGCCCUGCCAAACUGGAAACGAUCGCUAAAGCCAAAUCGAAGUCGGACCAUGGAUUAAAAGCAUUAUCAAACAUUGUAUGAAUACAUAAUUAAUAGGAGGGCAGCACGUUAAUAGUAUGUUCUUGUUACAGGAUGAACACCCCUUCAAGGCAACUGCUCUUACAACGUACCUGAAUUGCGUCCUCAGUUUGUUGGACCAGUGAAACCACAGUGCAGCAGUGCAGAUGCUGGCACAGGCCACUGAGGAGACUUAAGUGGAACAUGUUGGAAGUGGAAAGAAUGCGGCCUGAGGAUUUGCUCAAAUCAUGUUUGGUGUUUUCAAUAAAGAUGAGAAAAAU